AUGGAGGGUGCAAAUGGUUAUGGCAACAACCCAUCAAGUAGUCACGGAAGUGUCAAUAGAGUCAAUCAAAGAAAACCAACACAAUAUGGACAGAACAAAACGAAAACAAAAUCAGGAUUAAAAUGUUAUCGGUGUGGGAGAGAGGGACACUUCGGUAAAGAUCUAUCUUGCCCAGCACAAGGUAAAACAUGCAAUAAAUGUGGGAAAAGUGGUCAUUUUGGAAUCGUGUGUAAAACGAAACAAGGAGGGCAACAAAAUCAAAGAAGAUAUGGUAAAUAUGGUCAUAAAAGUGCAAAAGGUAUUGUCAACUAUGUGGAAUCAGAUGAUGAUGAAUAUGCAUUUAUUGUGAAACAUCAAAGUGAUAAAAAUGAUGAAAUUGAAAUUAAUGCUGGUGGCAUAAAUAUGAAAUGUGUAAUUGAUAGCGGUGCAUCAGUAAAUAUAAUUUCAAGUGCAUUGUGGGAAAAAUUGAAAAUUCAGAAAAUUGUGUGUAAAUCUGAAAAAUCAGAAAAGAAAUUAUAUGCUUAUGGUAGUGAAACACCACUAGAGGUGUUAGGAAAAUUCACAUGUAAAUUAAAUGUCAAAGGUCAAUCUGAAAGUGUAGAAGCUGAAUUUUAUGUUGUUAAAGGAAAAAGUGUAUCAUUGCUAGGUAAAGCAACAGCUAUACAAUUAGGUGUUUUGAAAUUAGGAAUAUAUUCAAUAAAUGAAGAUAUUAGAGGAAAAUAUAGUGAUUGCUUUAAAGGAGUAGGCAAAUUGGAAAAUUUCAAAUUAAAGUUGCACAUAAAUUCAAAAGUUGAGCCAGUUGCGCAAAGAAUGUACAGGAUACCGUUCACAUUGAGGGAAAAAGUGGAUAAAAAACUUGAUGAAUUAGAAUCACAAGACAUCAUUGAGAGAGUAAAUGACCAGACACCGUGGGUCAGUCCAGUUAUUGUAGUUCCUAAACCUAAUGGCGAUAUAAGGUUAUGUGUUGACAUGAGGGCAGCAAACAAGGCGAUAGUACGCGAACGGCACCCGAUACCAACUGUGGACGAAAUAUUGUACAAAAUGAAUGGCGGAGAAUGGUUUAGUAAAAUGGAUUUGCGAUAUGGAUUUCAUCAAUUGGAGCUUGAAGAAGGUUCACGUGAGAUAACGACUUUUGUCACACACAGGGGACUUUACCGUUAUAAACGUUUAAUGUUCGGGAUAAAUGCCGCACCUGAGAAAUACCAACAAGUUAUAUCUCAAGUAUUUCAUGAUAUUGAAGGUGUCCAGAACAUAUCAGAUGACAUUGUUGUAUUUGGUCGCACAAAAGAAGAACAUGACGAAAGACUUAAUCUAGUUUUAGACAGAAUCCGUCAGAAAAAGUUGACUCUAAAUGGUGACAAAUGUGAAUUUGCUAUGGACAAAAAUAACAUUUAUGGGUCAUAUCUUAUCUAA